ACAGAGGUGAAGAGGGAUAAGGUGGAGGUGAGGAGGGUGGAGUCAAGAAAAACAGAAGGUGGAACCUAGACAAACAGAGAGUGGUGCGGCGAUCCCCUGAGCCCAACUAAUCGCCUGAGAAAAACAAGACAAUCAAGAUCUGAAGAGCUCAGAUGAACCCGGACUCCACAUUCAGCUGGGAGGAUGUAUAAAAUAUGUGUGUGACUGAUGUGAAGAAGGGAAACAUGAGCCUCUAAUAACUGGAUUUUCUUUAAUAUACAAGACAAUACUGAAGGAGCUGAGGAUGUCUUCAACAUCAAACGCAGACUUCAGUUGUAACAAUGGAGAUACAAUCUGUGAGAUCCGUACUUAUGAGCAGGAGGUGAUCAUUGUGCCGAUCCUGCUGCUGUCCAGCUUCCUGGUCACCCUGAUCUUCAUUUUACUGCUGCGCUUCUGUCCAGAAAAAGUCGAUCGGAUCCGUCCGCAGGCCUCAAAGCCGACCAGGAGGGUGCUGCAUGGCAUUGAUGCUCCACCUGGUAUCAAUGUCCUGGAACAUGAAAGCAUCGCUCUGGACGUACCCAGUUCCUACUCCACCUUCAACACCGCAACGACUUACCCCUCCAAAAGCCUCACCACGCCUGUGGUUGAACCCUCGAUCCCGCAACCCCCUCAGCAGACCUUCCAGCCCACUUUUACUCCUGUGGUCAAGCCCAGGGAGCUGCCCCGUCAGAGGCUGCCCGAGUCCUUCAAUCUGGUCACCCCUCUGCCGGUUGCCUUCUCCCUGCGCUCCGACUCCUCUGUGUCCCUCUACAGGGCCCGCAUGGAGAACAGGAACGUGGUGCUGCGAGUCCUGAAUGAUUCUGCUGAUGCCAAUGAAAGACACAACUUCUUAGGCUUUGCAUCCUUCCUGGCCCAGCUGGGACCUCACCCUUUCCUUCCAGAGCUUCUUGGAGUGGUUUCACUUCGAGCUCCUCUGGUAACUGUUGUAGAAGAGCUGGAGAACAGAGACUUGCUCAGCUACCUGUGGCGAUGCAGACAGGAAAAUGUGAAUCCACCGUGUGAAAUGACAGAGAGAAGAAUAUUUACCAUGGCCAAACAGGUGGCCUCAGCUCUGGAGUUCCUUCACAACAAAGACCUUCUCCAUGGAAACGUCCGUGCCCGCAGCGUGUUGGUCAGUAAAGAGCACACGGCCAAGCUUUGGGGCCUGCAUGGGGUCUACACCAGGAAGAGCCAGGGGACCACUCAGAAAGAUGAUGCCAGCAUGAAGAAAUGGCAAGCACCAGAGCUGUUAGCCCGGAGACCUGCCAGUCAGAGCAGCGAUAUUUGGUCGUUUGGCAUCUUACUGUAUGAAAUGGCAACAUUAGGUGAAGCUCCUUUUGCAGAAAUCUCAGUGAAUGAACUUCUGCAGUUCCAUCAACGAGGCAAAAGUCUGAAAAAACCUUCAAACUGCUCCAACAUGCUACACUCCAUCAUCAAGGGCUGCUGCCAGUGGAAGGAUCAGGAUCGACCAUCUCUGGCCGAGGUGAGUCGCAAGCUGCUCUCAGGAGAGAAAGGUGCAUCAGACAAAGUCCUCAAGGUGUCGGGAGCGGUGAACAUCGAGCAGUACCUGCGGGAAGCAGGAUAUGGCGAGUCUAACAGCUACACUGUUUUCUGAUCCCUGCUCGGACCCGUACAAAAUAAAACAUAAAUUGCACUAUUCUCAACCAACCCAGUGGUGCACUUUACAAAACAGUAUCUUUCAAGUGCAAUAAGUGUUUCAGGCUCUGAAAAAUGUUCUUUUAUCUACCUGAUACAGUGCCUUCUUCUCACUCCUUCUGCCAUAGUGAAAUAUUUAAAGUUCAUUUAGGGAAAUGUAACCAGUGAUUUGUAACAGGAACUUGUAAGAUAUGUAAACUUGACCAAGUACAGGUGCUGCAUCCCUCAGUUGUAGCUGAUACUGUCAAUAUAUGAUGGUUUAAAAAUCAUGUUUAAAAAUCUCAAGCCAACAUGAAUGAAGAUGUCAUUUAUAUUUUUACCACCUUUUGUAUGAUUGUUUAUUAGGCUGAGUUAUGGAAAUGAAUGAAGGGAACAUGUUUGUAUUUAUGCUAUCAUCUCAAACAUUUUUAUGUUAAUAAAAAUACCUUAAAUCAAA